CAUUCAUUUUGACUUUUAUUUGGCUCCUUGUCAACCAGAGACGCACAUUUAGGUCUCGGUGCCCGCAAUCUUUCUGCGACCAGUGGGAGGCAAUAAUUUGAAUCUUACACGGUGUUUGCGCCAUUGCUUGAAUAACGGGGGGAUAAGUUGCUGGCAGGUGACCAGAACAACACCAAAGUGCAUCACAAGUGCAUCUGCCGCGAACAGAGAAACAAGCAGAAUCUAUAUUCAAGUUGAAAAAUCCAAAAUGAAUCGUUUGGAGGCGAUUAGGAUAGGAGCGGCUGAAUUUCUUGGCACUGCUUUCCUGGUGGCCUUUGGCUGCGCCACAUGCACGCAAGCCCUUUCCAAAGAAACCUGGACUAUCUUCCAUGCGGCCAUCGGUUUUGGAUUGGUCAUCGCCACGAUCGUUUUGGUCAUUGGACACAUCAGCGGGGGUCACAUAAACCCUGCCGUGAGCGUCGGAGCCGCCAUCCUCCAAGUCAUCCACCCCAAAAUGCUCCUGGUCUACAUCCCUGCGCAGAUUUGCGGAGGAAUAGCAGGAUACGGAAUGCUCAAGGCAAUGACGACGUCUGAUAUUCUGUCUGCGGACGGUGGCGCGAAUGGUUUCUGCGUUUCCUCGCCAAACCCUGCAAUCACCCUGACGCACGCCUUCAUGUCGGAAUUUUUCGCCACAGCCAUGCUCAUGCUAGUCGUGUGUGCCGUCUGUGACCAGAGGAAUCCAAACAACCAAACUGUCCCUCUGCAGAUCGGUCUCGCCAUCACCGGACUCGUUUUGGUCAUUGGUCACCGCAGCAGCGCGAGCAUGAACCCUGCCAGAAGUUUUGGACCUGCUUUCUGGAACAGCUAUUACGAAAACCACUGGCUUUACUGGGUGGCUCCCAUCUCUGGAUCCGCCCUGGCCGCGUUUUUCUACAGGACAGUCUUUGGGUUCAAACAUGAGCAUGAGACCCACAAGCCUGAGCCCAUCCCUCUAGAGGACGUUUCCGAUAGGAAUGUUCAAACCUCUAUAAAUUUUAAAACAAUUUUAAUGCUUUUAGUCAAAACUCAUCGUCAGACGAUUAGGAUUGCAGCGGCCGAAUUCAUCGGCACUGCCUUCCUGGUGGCCUUUGGCUGCGCCACAUGCUCAAAAGCCAUUUCUCAAGAACCCUGGACCAUCUUCAACGCGGCCAUUGGUUUCGGUUUGAUCGUCGCCAUGAUCGUUCUGGUCAUCGGACACAUCAGCGGGGGUCACAUCAACCCUGCCGUGAGUGUUGGAGCCGCCAUCCUCGAAGUCAUCCAAACCAAAAUGCUCAUGGUCUACAUCCCUGCGCAGAUCUGCGGAGGAAUAGCAGGAUACGGAAUGCUCAUGGCAAUGACGACGUCUGAUAUUCUGUCUGCUGAUGGUGGCGCGAAUGGUUUCUGCGUUUCCUCACCAAACUCUGCAGUCACCCUGACGAACGCCUUCAUGUCCGAAUUUUUCGCCACGGCCAUGCUCAUGCUGGUCGUGUGCGCCGUCUGUGACCAGAGGAGCCCCCACAACCAAACCGUUCCUCUGCAGAUCGGUCUCGCCAUCACAGGACUCGUUUUAGUCAUUGGUCACCGCAGCAGCGCGAGCAUGAACCCUGCAAGGAGUUUGGGACCCGCUAUCUGGAACAACCAUUACGAAAACCACUGGUUGUACUGGGUGGCUCCCAUCGCUGGAUCUGCCCUGGCCGCGUUUUUCUACAGGCUGGUCUUUGGAUUCGAGCAUGAGAAAAAGAUCCUGCACAAGCCCAAGCCUGCUCCUCUGGAGGACAUAGCGGAGAGGAAGUAACUCGGCAAAAACAAGCUUGCCCAUUUUCAUCACGU